AUGGAACUUGAUGGAAUGCAGAAGUGGGCUGCAACCUGCAAAUGUACUGCGUGCCCUUUACCCGAGGCCAUCGAUAUUGUGGAGCCAUUCAAUGCUCAUUAUGUGAUUGCACUUGGCAUAGCAAGGUUCUCGAGCUGUGCCCAUUGGGUUCUUCAGCAUGAACUUGUCUCGCCGCCCCUCAAAACCAAAUGGGACUUGAUGGAAUUCAGAAGUGAGCUGCAACCUGCAAGUGUCCUGAGUGCCCUUUACCGAAGGCGAUCGAUGAAUUUUGUGAUCAUUCUGUCUAUAUCUGGGAGCUGUUUCUGUACGACCCUAACUGCUGGUCAUGCAGAACACAUGUAUAAUUUCUUAACUACAGGAUCUACGUCAUCGUCUAAUAUUGUUGAGCCAUUCAUUGCUCAUUAUGUAACUGCACUAGGUGUAGCAAGAUUCAUGAGCUGUUCUCAUUGGGUACUUCAGAUCUGCAUCUGUUUGUGA